AUGAGUCUAAAGGUUUCUCUCUCAAUGUUUAUGACAUUAUUUGGCUUAAUUUGUAUUAUUAAUGAAACAAAUGGAUUGGAUAAUGGACUUGGUAGAACUCCUCCGAUGGGAUGGAAUAGUUGGAAUAGGUUUAAUUGUACUAUUGAUGAGAAUCUAAUUAAACAAACUGCUGAUGCUCUUGUUGAUUAUGGAUUACGUGAUAUUGGUUACAAAUAUUUGAAUAUUGAUGAUUGUUGGAUGGGUGAAAGGGAUGAACAAGGAUACAUUCAUGCUAGCAACAUCACAUUUCCAGGUGGAAUUAAAGCAUUGGCUGAUUAUACGCAUUCAAAAGGACUUUUAUUUGGAAUUUAUAGUGAUGCAGGGUAUCGUACAUGUGCUGGACGAAUCGGAAGUCUCGGAUUUGAAGAUGUUGAUGCAAUAACAUAUGCAUCAUGGGGAAUUGAUUAUUUAAAAUAUGAUAAUUGUUAUAAUGAAAGUAUACCUGAGCGACAACGAUAUGAGAUUAUGCGUGAUAUGCUCAAUGGUAUAAAUUGUAUCUCCACUAAAAGACCUAUUUUUUAUAGCAUUUGUGAAUGGGGGGUAAGCCAGCCGUUCCUUUGGGCGAAUGAGGUUGGAAACAGUUGGAGAACAACAGGAGACAUUCAUUUAGGAUGGGAAUCAAUUCUAGAUAUAUUACAGCAACAACAUAAAAUUACACAAUAUGCAGGUCCGGGUGGUUGGAAUGAUCCUGAUAUGUUACAAGUUGGUAAUGGUAAUUUAACUAUUGAUGAACAAAAAAGUCAUUUCUCUUUAUGGGCUGCUCUUAAAGCUCCUCUUUUACUUGGUUUUGAUAUUAGAUAUCCACCUACUGAUGUUUUGGGAAUUGUGAAUAAUACUGAAAUUAUUGCUAUUAAUCAAGAUCCGUUGGGAAAAUCUGUAAAUAUUGCUCAAAGUACAAAACGUAUGGAUGUUUGGACUGGCGAAUUAUCUGACGGUUAUGUAGCUUUAUUAUUUAAUAAGGCUGAAACAUCUAUUACCAUUAAUUUAAAUUUUACUGCACAUCUAAACGUACAAGGUGAACUUUCAAUUAGAGAUUUAUGGGAACAUGAAGACAAAGGAGCUUAUAAUGACAGCUAUUCACGUGAAGUACCUAAACAUGGUAUAGUUGUAUUAAAACUUACUGGAGGAACAAAGAUUAAAGAAUAUCCUGAUUUCAUAGAUCAAUAUAGUGAUGCUGCAUUAAGUGAAUUUGUAAUUAAAUACGGUGUUUUUGUUUUAUUAUUGAUUGUUAUUGUAUUUCAAUAUUAUAUUCGUUACUUUUGUAAAUAA